GUUUGCAUGCGGCCCCCCAUGGCAUAUGAAAACUUGUCUUGUGGCCCUCAGCUAAUUUGAGUUUGUGACCCCUGCUUUACAGGAUACCAGUAUAGAGUUGCACAGGUCUGUGGCUAGAAUUAUUGCUCUUACUCUGACAUUCGCGAUGAUGCCUCAUGUGUGGUGUGAUCACCUUUCACACAUGAGUGCGAGACCUUCCAUUCCCAUUUGCGUGAGUGGUUGGGGGUACUUUAAAAUUUUAAUUGAACUUUAUUGCUAAUACAAAGGGUUGCACAAUAUCUUGUGAUGGCAUGGACCGCGACAGAUACUCUUUAUGGUGAGAUCUGGGGGUCUAUAAGACUCCGUAUCUAUUCUCUGCCCUCCAAAGCAUCCGAUCAAACCAAGAUUGGUUUGAUCGGAUGCCUUUACAAGCUGCUAAAGAAACCGAAAGUGACAAAAUCCUUGUUGCUUCCGCUUUCUGACAUCACAAAGGGGAAGAAACAACAUCUGUUUCCUUUACACUGCGUCAAAUGCGGCCGGUUGCACAUGUUACCAGGCUCCUCAAUGGGGUGGGAGAGCCUGGAAAAGCCAGGGGGAGGUUUGCUGGUGUAAAAAAAUCUUUCAUUGCUGUAGCGAUGACCGAGCUAUCGCCCUCUCCAUCCAAGGACGUAAAUAUAUUUACGGCAGACAGGAAGGACUGAUUAACUGUCUUUUGGCAUGGCGGGUAUCGGGGUGAAUUUGAUUUAAAUUACGUCACAAACCAUGAACUAUGUUGGGCAACUGGCCGGGCACGUCCUGGUUACUGUGAGGGAACUGUAUAAAGGAAUCAACCAGGCUACCCUUUCAGGCUGCAUCGAUGUGAUUGUGGUCCAGCAGCAAGAUGGCACUUUCCUGUGCUCACCUUUCCAUGUCCGCUUUGGGAAGUUGGGAGUUCUUCGGUCCAAGGAAAAAGUGAUUGAUAUAGAAAUCAAUGGCGAACCCGUGGAUUUGCACAUGAAGCUUGGUGAUAACGGUGAAGCAUUUUUUGUAGAAGAAACUGAAGAAGAAGAUGAACUGGUUCCGGCAUACCUGGCUACCUCACCUAUACCCACAGAUGACCAUUUUUUUAAGAAUGUCCAUAGCCACUUGCCAAACUCUGGGGAAGAGGAAAAAACUUCUCCAUUGCCUCACACCACAGAGCCUGAGAACAUUAGCACAGGGUCCGUGAAAAAGAAGAAGAGGAAAAGAAGAAGAGCGAAGCAUGAGAAGAAAGAGGAUGUUCCCUCUACCUCAGGAGCUGAGGAAAUAUUUGAAAUCGAAAUGAGCUCAGAUGAGGAAAGUCCUGUUCAUCCACCAAGAUCAUCUUCAGGCUCUGCCCCUAAGGAGGAGGAAUAUAGAGAACAGUUUAUCUGCCAUUCAUCUGAUCACUACGCCUUGUCGGACGGAGACUGGUCUCCACAAGACAGUGGUUAUUCACUGUCUUUUGGUCCAAAGAGUGAUUCAGAGCUAGAAGUUAAACCCACGGAGAAUAUGCUCAGAACAGAACCUCAGAUGGAGUGGACGUGGGGAGGCUUCCCAGAGUCUGCCAAGGCUUACAAGAAGGAAAGAACAGAGUACUUGCGGAGAGCAACAAUUACUCCUUCUGAGAAAACGCACUUUAGGGUGAUCAGCUCUGAGGCCUUGUCGGGCACAACUGAGGAUUCAUCCACCGAGGACUCUGUUUGCACAGUCCUUAAACCAGAACCGCGUCCUCACUCCAUCAGUAUUCAGAUGGAUCCAGAUCUGUUAUCAACUGCUGAAACCACACCAAGCUCUCCUUGUGAGCCAGACGAUAUCCUCCUCCAGGAGACUGCUGAUAUGUCCGAUAUGAAGCUUUCCUUAAAACCAGACUCUCCAAGCAAGAAGAAAGGGGUGAAGAAGAGAAGCCAGCAUCAGGGCCCGGGUGAUAUUUAUCUUGACGACUUGAAUGUUUUGGAGCCUGAAGUGGCAGCACUUUAUUUUCCUAAAAGCGAAUCGGAUCCAGGAUCCAGGCAGUGGAUGGAAUCGGACAUGCUCUCAGGCUCGCAGUCCCCCCAGUCUGUGGGUAGCGCUGCUGCGGAUAGUGGUACAGAAUGCCUCUCUGAUUCAGCCAUGGACUUGCCUGACGUAACGCUCUCUCUCUGUGGAGGCCUAAGUGAGAAUGGAGAGAUAUCCAAAGAGAAAUUCAAGGAACACAUUAUCACAUAUCAACAGUUUUCCGAAAACCCAGGAAUAAUCGACAAUCCUAAUCUAGUUGUGAGGAUCUAUAACAGGUACUAUAACUGGGUACUGGCAGCACCUAUGAUCCUGAGUUUGCAAGUAUUUCAAAAAAACUUACCCAAGAAUACCAUUGAGUCCUGGAUGAAAGAAAAGAUGCCAAAGAAAUCUGGAAGAUGGUGGUUCUGGCGAAAAAAAGAUAGUUUGGUUAAACAGCCAGACGCAAAGGACGAGAAACUGGACACAGAAAUGGCUGGUGAGCAAGUAUCCGAAAACAAGGACACUUCUGCUAUCCGACCGUCUGCUCAGGACAAUUCUUCAAGUGAUGAAGAUUCAAUGGAGCUGAAGCAGAUAAAAAUGGAGCCUGCUCCUCUGGAGCUACCAAGUCAUGGAUGUACUAUGUCUUAUCGCAAGAGCCUGCGCUUGUCAUCAGAACAAAUAGAAAAGUUAAAGCUUCGAGAUGGCCCAAAUGACAUUGUCUUUAGUAUUACGACCCAGUAUCAGGGCACGUGUCGUUGUGAAGGCACAAUUUAUCUGUGGAGCUGGAACGAUAAGAUCAUUAUUUCCGACAUUGAUGGAACAAUUACUAAGUCAGAUGCUUUGGGACAAAUUCUUCCUCAACUUGGGAAAGACUGGACGCACCAAGGCAUUGCCAAACUAUACCACUCUAUACAUGAGAAUGGGUACAAAUUUCUGUAUUGUUCAGCCCGUGCUAUCGGCAUGGCAGAUAUGACUAGAGGCUAUUUACACUGGGUAAAUGAUAAAGGCACUAUCCUACCUAGAGGACCACUUAUGCUGUCUCCUAGCAGUCUGUUCUCUGCAUUCCACAGGGAAGUCAUUGAAAAGAAGCCUGAGAAGUUCAAGAUAGCGUGCCUAAAUGACAUUAAAAAUUUGUUUGGCUCAAAUCAACAACCAUUUUAUGCUGCUUUUGGAAACCGACCCAAUGAUGUGUUUGCCUAUAUGAAAGUUGGAAUACAAGAUUUUCGAAUUUUUACUGUCAACCCAAAAGGUGAAUUGAUACAGGAGAGGACAAAAGGGAAUAAGACAUCGUAUAGCAGACUUAGUGAGCUGGUAGAACACGCCUUUCCUUUGAUUGAUAAAGAACAGAACUCCGCUUUCACUUGCCCAGAGUACAGCUCAUUUUCCUUUUGGAGAGAUCCCUUGCCAGAACUAAACAUGGCAGACUUGACGUAAAUCACUCCAUCACAACAUCUUGGGACUAUUUGCAGAGAUGUAAUCACAUGUGGGCAGUGACUGAUUACCUGGAGUAUUACUGCUGUUGGGAGCCUGCUAUUCUGUCCAAUGUCUCCAAUGCCUUUCUCCCGUAAAAUAUUUACAGUCCAUAAUUUGCAGCCAGUAAAGAUAUCGUAUACGAUCGAUAUAUUCAGGGAAAAUGUAAAAAAAUGUGAUUUUUAUUUUACUACAAUAUCUUAAGGCAUUGUAGCAAGUUUUCUGGAAAAAAACAUACUACACGUUUUAUUUUGUUUUCAACAAACAUCCCAUGGUUCAGAAUGUUUAAUUUCUUUCUCUUAUCUUGUUGUGCCUCUUUAAAUGUAGCUCUUCGGAGCCAUUGGGAUGCAGCUUCUAUUGCAGGGCAAUAAACUGCAGCCCAAACUAGCAAUGAAGGCCUUUAAGUUCAAGCAGAGACUGACUAUUGUCUUGUUUCCUAUUGGUGACAAUUUCUGAGUCAAAAGAAAUUCCUGUGCAAUUAUUUAUUGUGCUCGCGUUUCUGCAUUUCAAGCCGCUGAGACAAAAAAGGGGGAACUAAUGGAAGCUGAUGUGUUGGAGGUUGUGGAAAAUGGACAACAUAGCUUUUUUUAAACAUAACUAUAUAAACAAAAGUUAUUUGCCCAAAACUGAAUAAUUCGUUCUUUGUUUGGAGGGUGAUUUGGUGACCUGGUGUGUAGUUCGUCGUUCAAUCUGUAUAAAUGUGCCUAGAAGUAUUUUACUGUCUAUAUGACCAAUCAUGGAUAGCUGUUAUUUUAGAACAGUUAAUUAAGCCCUUCACCCCCCCCCCAACAUCUUACAUUUAAGUGUCAUUGACCCUCCUAGAUUUUCACUGGGGGACGCACAGACAACUCAUGAAAAGCUUCCCGGCUUGGCCGACCACCGUGUCGUAGAGUAGAGUCCUCAUUCAUUUCUAUGGAAGGGCCAUUCACCGUUACUGAAUGAUGAAUGGACCUUUCUAUAAACUUCAGUGGUGACCGUAUUGGGCACUGCACAAUCCCAAUGGGGUCACCACUGAAGUUUAUAGAAGCAGCAUAGUUCAUGUCUAUGAGGCGUUGGUACAAGUAAGGGUAAGAUUUAGAGGGACGCUUGGUUAAAGAAUAAGUGUAGUAAAAAUACAGUUCUCCUUUUAAUGCACAUACAAUGCAAGGCAUGCUAUUGGGCAGAUCUGUAGACAUUUACAUGUAUUGCUGCUAUGACCUUCUUAUUUUGUAUAUUAACCCGGGUUUACUUUUAAUGGUACUGAGACAGGAAGACACAUCUAUAAAAUUGUUAUUUAGCCUGUAUGCCAAGGGCAAUACUACUCUUGGGAGCCUUCAUAUAAUGAUCUGCCACCACUACUUUAAAUGCGAAAUGCCCCAGCAAGCUCUGUGGGUGCUGUGCCUGCCCAAUCUAAAUUGAGUUGGGCUGACACACAAUUAACGUGGUAGUAGUCGUUUUUCUUUUGGACUUCUACCUACAGGUAAGCCUAUAAAAAGGCUUACAUAGUUAAGUUACAAAAAAGACAAGUCCAUCUAGUUCAACCAAUAAACCUUACCUGUAGGCACAUUGAAUAUCUCCUAAACUUGCGAUGUUUAGGAGAUUUUCACAAUAGAUGUGCCAUACCGUGCCGGAUUUUCAGAGCUCCUUGGCGCAGCCGACGAAUUCCGUGCGCAUGUGCCGGAGUUGCGUCAUCGCGGCUCCAGCCACUCAUACAGCUGGAGCCUGCGAACUCGGAAGGUAGACUGGGUGAAGAUGAAAGCCCUGUCAGUGGUGACAGCUCUCCCCGCUAGAGGGCUUUGUUCUAAGGUAAGCAUUUGAUAAUGUUCUAGUAUACUAGCACAUUAUGCAAUUGACUUUGCAGGGGUUUACUAACGCUUUAAGAUGAACAGACACUGAAAUAUUCAAGGCAGAGGAAAUUGGUAGUGGUAUCUUACAAAAGUAAAUACCAUCUUCGCUUCAAUAUAAAGAAUCCUUCACACACCAGAUACCCUAAUCAUUCUCCACCUAAAGCCAAAGUCCUCGCUUUAAAAAGGUUUUCAUAAACUUUCCACUUAUGUUUAAGGCAUUUUUUGUGUUUUAAGAUUUGUUUAUUUAAGGCUGUCAUGAGUGAUGUUUGACAUAAAUGCUGAUUUUUAUUUUAAUUUGUCAAUGUUAAAGCAAUGCUUUAAAUGUUCGUUUCAGGUUUCCCUUGGUU